AUGUUGUCGCCAGCUUUUGCUGUCGCCGAAGAUGACGACGUCUUUACUGACAUUUCGCCGACCAGUCUCAACCGGUAUAGCAUGCCCGUGACGAGAUCACGGACUGGUUUCUACGAUUUUUCGUCACUCGACCAGACGAACACCACUCGCUUCCUCUUUGGCGAAGAGGAAGAGCAUGCCACGAAUGGCGAGACCAAUAAGAUGUUCCAGCAGACUGCCAAUACCAAUGUCACUGGCCUUGACGAGAGCUUCCCGACCCUGACCCGCAGCGAGGGCCAGACGAACACGAACCAUGGCUCUGAGACCACCAACACGAACGGCUGGGGCAGUGUCCGUCGCCAUCGCGGUCAGCCCAGCCUGAAUGGUCUUCCCAAUGGCUCGUCUGCCCAGUCUAACUCGUCAGACGGCGGCAAACUUAACAGUCUUCCUGGCCGUCACUCCUUCGAUCUCAAGUACUAUGGCGAUGGCACCGCCGAGGCCACUGUCGCUGCCAUGCUAGCGGCGUCCCCGUCUAGCAUUGCCACGCCUCCCAAGCUGCAGCAGUCGUACUCCGCCAACGACAUUGCCACUGUCAAGUCGACGCCCGGCUCGACCAUCUCGUCCAGCACCAACAACCACGCCCAGCAGUACCUGCACAACCAUAAUGCGAGCCUUGGCCGUAUUCCUGCCGGUGUGAUGCACAACCGCCAUAGUCGCGAGCUGUCCACCAGCGAGAUGAACAAUGCCGUCCGCGAGUACGCUUCCAUUGGCACUGCUCUACAGACCAACGCCGCCCCCUACGGCAACGGUUCUGGCCCUGGCACCGGUCCUGGCGCUGGCCCCGUGCCCAGCAACGUCUCUGUUGCCCACACGCAGGCUCCCCUGACCGCCAACGCCCUCGCUGCUGCUGCUGCUGCUGCCUCCUCGACUGGCACUGUGACCACCUUGCCCCCGACCACCUCCGGCAACAACCAGUUCAUGAACGGCUACUACGGGGGCAACAACUACAGCCUGUCGACUGCUCCUCCUGUCACUGCGGGCAACCCAGCUGCCUAUGGCAUCAACAACAUGCCCGUGCUGACCCAGGCGAUGCAGGGCAUGGCUCUGAACGGCCAUAGCCCCAUGUACCAGCUACCCCAGGGCUUCAACGGUUAUGCACCGCUGUAUGGUGCGCCUUCUCCCAAUGUCAACCAAGCGCCGCGCGACAACCAGACUCGCAUCAUGCAGAGCCGUCGCCAGAUGGAGAACGAGGCCAUGAACCGUUAUAACAACACACCCCUCGAGGCCGUCGGCGGCACCAUCUACGAGCUGUGCAAAGACCAGCAUGGUUGCAGAUACCUGCAGAAGCAGCUGGAGAAUCGCAUCCCUGAGCAGGUUCAUAUGAUCUGGUUGGAGACCAACCAGCACGUCGUCGAGCUCAUGACGGACCCGUUUGGCAACUACCUCUGCCAGAAGCUUCUUGAGUACUGCAACGACGAAGAGCGCACGGUCCUCAUCCAGAAUGCCGCCCAAGAUAUGGUGCGCAUUGCCCUCAACCAGCAUGGCACCCGUGCCCUGCAGAAGAUGAUUGAGUUUAUCUCCACCGAGAAGCAGGUCCAAAUCAUCAUCGAAGCCCUGCGCCAUCGCGUCGUCGACCUUAUUCAAGACCUCAACGGUAACCACGUCAUCCAGAAAUGUCUCAACAAGCUCACGCCUGCCAAUGCGCAGUUCAUCUUCGAUGCCGUUGGAGGCGCCUGCGUCGAAGUCGGCACCCACCGUCACGGCUGCUGCGUCCUGCAGCGCUGCAUCGACCACGCGUCAGGCGACCAAAAGGCCUGGCUCAUUUCUCGCAUCACUCAGGAGGCCGUCACCCUUAUCCAGGACCCUUUCGGCAACUAUGUGGUGCAGUACAUCAUCGACCUCAACGACCACAACUUCACCGAGCCUCUUGUUGCUCAGCUGCGCGGUCGCAUCUGCCAGCUCUCUCGUCACAAGUUUAGCUCCAAUGUCGUCGAGAAGUGCCUGCGGUGCUCGCUGGACCCGUCCAAGGACAUGAUUGUCGAGGAGCUGCUCCAGCCUGGUGAGAUCGACCGCCUGCUCCGCGACUCUUUUGCCAACUACGUCAUCCAGACGGCCCUCGACUAUGCGACGCCCUACAUGAAGGUGCGCCUGGUGGAUAACAUCCGUCCGCACCUCCCGCAGAUUCGCUCGACGCCCUAUGGUCGCCGCAUCCAGGCCAAGAUCCAGACCUACGACUCGCGCAGUGGCCACUCUAGUGGACAGGUCACCCCAGCUGAGACGUCCCAUGGCCAGAUCCCCCUGCACAAUGGUGGCAACCACAACCGGGGUGGCAGCUCCAACAUUCUCGUUCCGACCUCGGCCUUCUCGACCAACGGUGGCGCCAAUGGCAUUAGCCACCGCGGUAGCAUUAGCUCCAACAACGGCCCCGUCAACGGUAACGGCAGCGGCAACAACAAUGUCGGCAACAACGUCAAUGGUGGUGGCGCCAGUGGACACUCGAUGAGUGGUCGCCCUGUUGCGACGUACGGCCCGCCGCCGACUUUCGCGCGCGGCCCCAUGCCUCCUUCCGUGCCUUCGACCGGUGCCAUGAUGCCGACCAUGAUCCCGAUCAGUAUGCCGCCCAGCGGCAUGGGUCCUGGCAUGUCCGGCAUGGGUGUUGCAACGGAGAACGGCGAGGCUGCGUGGCUCUAG